AUGAUUAUCUGGAAUGCAAAUAAUGGAUGCAAGAGACUCGAUAAGGAGAAUCAGAAGGGUGAAUUUGAAGAUAAAUCAAGGGAAUCUAGGAGAACUCUUCAACGCGAGUUGGAUCGUAGACGAACUGAUGCACUUAACGUGGCCUAUACUGAACUUCGAGCACUUCUUCCUCACGUUCCACAGGACACAAAGUUGACGAAGCAUAGAACACUUCUUGGAGCUAUUGCCUAUAUCAAACAGUUGAUAGCACUUAUUCAUAGCAACAAUGCUGAUUCAUGUCAAACUCCACAAAAUUUCUGCCCCUCUUACUCCUGGAUGCCUAAAUUGUAG